AUGGAAGAGAAAACUUCAACAAAGAUAUUUAUGAGACUUGAUGAACAUGGUGAAAAUAGAGAUUCAGAAAACAAAACCUAUGAACCCUCAUCCCUUCAUAAUAACACUCCAGGAUCUCCACUUUUAUUAAGUUUGAGCCUUAAUAACACAACACAACUUCCCCAUCAAAUUCAAGGAAAGCCUCAAAUCCAAAUUGGGAAGCUUCGAGUAAAGCUCGAGGAAGAAAAGAAAGAGAAUGAAAAUUUAAAAGCUAUGCUAAAUCUGGUCAACGAACGAUGCAUUGUUCUUCAGAAUCGAUUACUUCUGCAUCAAUUAUCUUCAUUGCCUCAAAAUAAUCACAACUUGCCGAAGGGAACUAUACAAGAUUGCCAGAAAGCAGUGUUUUCUACUAGGCAGUUGUUGAAUAUUGAUGAGGCUUCACCUUCAGAUUGUAGCAAAAGAGAAGGAUUUGCUUCAUUGGAAAACAAUGAGAAUAUUAAUAUUGGAAGAAACUUUGCAUAUGAGUGUGUUAAUAAUAUUCAUGAAGGUGAAAUAAUUAGCAAAAAAGAGGACCAAGUUUUUGAGGUUGAAUGCAGGAGAGCUAGAGUGUCUAUAAGGGCACGAUCAGAUUUUUCUUUGAUGGUGGAUGGGUGUCAAUGGAGAAAAUAUGGACAAAAGACAGCCAAGGGCAACCCUUGUCCUCGAGCUUACUAUAGAUGCAGUAUGGGAACUUCAUGCCCAGUUCGUAAGCAGGUGCAAAGGUGUUUCAAAGAUGAAACUGUUUUCAUCACAACCUAUGAAGGAAACCACAAUCAUCAGCUUCCACCAUCAGCAAAACCAAUUGCAAACCUAACAUCAUCAGCCCUCAACACAUUCCUAUCAAACUCAACAACAAAUUUCCAAUAUGGAAACAAUAUAUCCAACACAUUCCUCUUCUCUUCACCAUUAUCUCCACCAAACUCAAAUGCUAUAGCUACUUUCUCUCCCUCUCCAACAUGUCCUACAAUAACACUUGAUUUCACACUCCCUCCAAGUAACUAUUUGCAAUUCAAAAACCAUAAACAAUCUUCAUUGUUUUCUUUUCCAUUUCAAGGUUAUAAUAAUUACCCUCAACCAUUUGAGGUGUUCCCUAGUAUGAUAGAUGCCGAGAGAAAACUUGCUUUGGUUGAUCUUGUCAGUGAAGCUAUAGCAAAAGAUCCUUCUCUUAAAGCAACAUUGUUUGCUGCCAUGUCUUCAUUCACAAAUGGUGAUCCUUUAAAUAUCAAUAACCACAGCCAACCUAGUAAGAGUGGUUAG